AUGGCCUCGAGCUUAGAGGACUUUCACACUGCCACAACUAUCACAAUCCCCCGUCGACCACCUUCAAGAGAUGAGAUAUAUCUGAUCGGAUUCUCGAGAGGUGCCUUUACUGCGAGAUGCAUCGCACAAUUUAUUAACGAUGUUGGCCUGCUUCACAAAUGGGGUCUUGUCAACCUUCAGACCCUUUUCGGACUUUGGAAGAAGCAGGAUGAAGUCAGCGAUAAAGACAGAGUGAAAACAACGGAGGAGUUGUUGCAGCUAUGUGUGGAUCUUGAAAAGAAGGGACAAUUAAGGAGGAAGAUAAAAAUCAAAGUUUGUGCGGUAUGGGACACGGUUAGCUCGUUAGGACUCCCAACAGUGGGCGAAUUCCCACAGCUAUUUUCGCGGAAGCUACGAUUUGUCGGCUCGGAUAUGUGUGACAGCAUACAAAAUGGCUUUCAGGCUCUUUCAUUGCACGACCAUCGACGUCCUUUCAGCCCUAUCGUUUGGAAAGCUCCCCAUGAUCUCGGCAACCGGACAUUGAAACAGUGCUGGUUCGUGGGCUACCACUCUGAUGUUGGCGGCGGGUACAAGUGCGAUGGCCUUGCACAUCUUCCACUGGUGUGGAUGAUGUCUCAACUUAAGGACUAUUUAUGGUUUGACCUUGCAAGUUUGUGGAACAAGGUCAUCGACGAAGCGACUCUCUCUCAUGAGAAAAUGCAUUUCACUACGCGAAUCCUUCUUGGCAGUGGACUCUGUGAGCCUCCUUUAUCUCUAAAGGACAGCCACGUGAAUAUUCUGAGGAAUGGAUCACGCAAUCCGAGGGUUGUGUGGACAUUUGGGACAUCAUCCACACCGAGAAAGGAAUAUGAGAUUGAAGAGGAUCUGCCAGGAAGUUUUGAAAUGGACUUGCUCAACGAGUGGCUUCAACGUGAUCUGGAUGAGCAGAGACGGCUGAUGAGAGUAUGGGAUGAGAGGGAUAUUACCCCUACACAAGAGGAUCGCGAAAAUUUGGGCGCAUACCAUGACCAUACACAAACUCUGAUAAACAUUCUCAGCGAGGCAGGCAAUCCUACCCUCGAAUGGUCAUCUGCUACUUUUCCUUACGCCUCAGGAGGGUGGUCUCUGUUGCGUGUUGGUCUACCUUGCUUGGCUUUGUCUGCUUUUGGAAUCCUUGCUCUCACUAGAAUCUUUCAUCAGGAGUCCGUGUAA